ACAGGCAUCACCUUCGCCUUCCUCUUCGUCAGCGUGGUCUUCCUGGGCCCCCGGCCCAACCACUACUGGUGCCGCGGGCCGAGCGCCGCUGCCCUGGCCGAGCGCUGCGGAUGGAGCGCCGAGGAGGAGUGGAACCGCACGGCGCCCGAGGCCCCCGAGCACCGCGGCCACGGCAGCUGCCAGCGCUACCUGCUGGAGGCUGCCAACGGCAGCGCGGGGCAGGCGGGCGCGCUCAGCUGCUCCGACCCGCUGGCCGCCUUCCCCAACCGCUCGGCGCCCCUGGUGCCCUGCCGCGGCGGCUGGCGCUACGCGCAGUCCCACUCCACCAUCGUCAGCGAGUUUAACCUCGUCUGUGUCAAUGCAUGGAUGCUGGACUUCACCCAGGCCAUCCUGAACCUUGGCUUCCUUGCUGGGGCGUUCACCUUAGGCUACGCGGCCGACAGGUACGGCCGAUUAGUCAUUUACUUAAUAUCCUGUUUUGGUGUGGGCCUCACCGGUGUCGUGGUGGCAUUUGCACCAAAUUUCCCCGUGUUUGUGAUCUUCCGCUUCCUGCAAGGUGUGUUUGGAAAGGGGACAUGGAUGACUUGCUAUGUGAUCGUAACCGAAAUAGUCGGCUCCAAACAAAGGAGGAUCGUGGGGAUCGUGAUCCAAAUGUUCUUCACCCUUGGGAUCAUAAUUCUUCCUGGAAUCGCCUACUUCAUUCCCAACUGGCAAGGGAUCCAGCUGGCCAUCACGCUGCCCAACUUUCUCUUCCUCCUUUAUUACUGGGUGGUUCCUGAGUCCCCUCGAUGGCUCAUCACGAGGAAGAAAGGGGAGAAAGCAUUAAAGAUCCUGAGGAGCAUCGCAAAGUGCAAUGGGAAAUACCUGUCCUCCAACUUCUCAGAGAUCACUGUGACAGAUGAAGAAGUUAGCAACCCAUCCUUUGUAGACCUGGUGAGAACGCCUCAAAUGAGGAAGUGCACACUGAUCCUUAUGUUUGCUUGGUUCACAAGUGCGGUGGUGUACCAAGGACUGGUCAUGCGCCUGGGGAUUAUAGGUGGCAACCUCUACAUAGAUUUUUUCAUCUCAGGAGUCGUGGAGCUGCCUGGAGCUCUCUUGAUUUUACUGACCAUUGAGCGAUUCGGACGCCGCCUCCCCUUUGCUGUGAGCAAUGUAGUGGCGGGAGUGGCGUGCCUCGUCACUGCAUUCUUACCAGAAGGGAUACCAUGGCUGAGGACCACAGUUGCCACCCUUGGGAGACUGGGAAUAACCAUGGCCUUUGAAAUUGUUUAUUUGGUAAAUUCAGAACUGUAUCCAACAACCUUACGGAACUUUGGCGUGUCACUGUGUUCAGGAUUGUGUGAUUUUGGGGGGAUCAUAGCCCCCUUUCUGCUCUUCCGACUCGCAGCCAUUUGGCUAGAACUACCUCUUAUCAUCUUCGGCAUCCUGGCAUCCCUCUGUGGCGGACUUGUCAUGCUAUUGCCUGAAACCAAGGGUAUUGCUCUACCUGAGACUGUGGAUGAUGUGGAAAAGCUUGGCAGCCCGUAUUCCUACAAAUGUGGCCGGAAAAGGAAAGGCCAGGUCUCGAGCUCUCACCUCUGAGGCCCCUGCCAAAGACGGAGGAAAGGCGCUCUUGGGGCUGACACUGCCUGGAACGACGUGCCUUAGAGAAGCGUCCACGUCCGCCCCAUCGGUGCCUGCAGUCCAAGCGCCCCGCAUCCUCCACGAGACACGGGAAUACAGCACUGCGUUGGAGCACUCUGAUGUGUGAUCCCCGGGACUGCUGGGAACACGUGCCACGUGGCCAAUCUGGGCGCAUGGUGCUCCCUGCCCUGUGGGGUUGAGCAGAGACAUGGAAGCUUCCCAUCCCGCUCUCAUGCCAGCUGUUGGGGACAGCAGGUGUGCCAGUUGCAGGCCUGGUGCAGGUGACCAUGUGCAGCACCCAUCAGUUCUGAUCCUGGCCUGAGGCUCUCCACGGAAUCUUCUGAAGAUUCCACAGAGGGAGGGGCGGUGGGGAUCCUGCUAAGAAAGGGAAGAGAAGGGAUGGACCCCAGGGCCUUGGACCCCGCAGCGCUGAGCCCCUGCUCCCUCUUCUUCUCUGAGAUCUGUAAGCUUGCGUGGUACCUUCCUUCUCUCCCCACCAUCUCUGUUGCACCUUGCACCCAGGUUUGCUGUAGCCGGUGUUCCCGCCAGAACAAGAAACCGUCUCUGUAUGGCGAGGACUGGCUUCGUUCUUUAUAACAAAAUCAGGAUUUCGUCCUGAAAGGAUUCAGGGCAGCUUUGACCCAUCUUGUAGCAAACCCAUGUCUCUGUAUUUAAUGAACGAAACCCGGAGAUCAUGAGCCCACUGGUCUUCGAUCUUAACAGCCGAGAGAGCUUUCCCUGACCUGUGGGAAUUCUGCACUCCGAGGGCACCCAUGCCCCCAAAGAGAAUCCAGACAGUUCCCAUUGAGUGUUUGGACUUGGUCCUGGUCUCAGGAAGGGGCUUACAUUUUCAUUUAAAGGAAAAGUGAACUAUAGCCAUGCUUAGGAUAAUUAGUAGCAGUUUUAUAUAUGACUUUAUAGACACUAACAAGAGACUGCGUCUUUUUUUUUGGUCACUGGGGCUUUGGGAAUGGGGGGGGGGCGCGUACACACAGUAGGCUCUUUUCACGUGGCCCUCUGCCUGGCACGGGAUGUUGGUCCCAUUUGGGGAUCCAGCAUGCACACCUUGGGCAGGGUGUUUUCACGAAUCCCUGUGCAUGGUGGGCGGCCAAGCAAAAUGGGCACCAAAGGGGAGUCUUACCAACAGGGCAGAAAGCCUCUCUGUGGAGGACCUGGGGCACUGUGGUGUGUGUGUGUGUGUGUGUGUGUGUGCACGAGUGUGCUCAUUAUGCCAGAACCUUUCAAUUCCUUAAAGCACCCGAGAGCCCACUCCGACGGUUGUAUUUUCCAAUCAAAUAAACCCAGACGCCGAGG